UUCAGUAUCAAUCGGAACAUAUAAGUGGCACAACGCUUGUCUAAGGAAACUCGUCAAUAUUGUGAACCGCGAAAAAAUUACAUUACUUCGAUGCAUUCCACGUCGAUUUUUUCGUUUGGUUCUAUGUACGAACCGCCUAGGCAGAGAUUUAUUGUAAAAAUGCCCAGGGUAGUGCCAGAUCAAAAGUCCAAAUUUGAAAGUGACGAAUUGUUCCGACGACUCAGCCGAGAGAGUGAGGUGCGUUUUACUGGAUGCAGGGACAGGCCACAAGAAGAAAGAACAUUGAGGUUUCAAAGAGCAUGUCGAGAAGGUCACACAGAGAUCGCCUUUGCCUCGACGGGCACCAAUUUGCAGCUAGUGUUUGCUCCACCUUCUACUGGCCAAAGGUCUGAAUGCGACUUCGAAAAAGAAUCCGGUAAAGUUCAUAUUAGAUCGUCUUUCAUAAUGAACGGGGUUAGCGUCAGAUGGCGUGGUUGGAUAGACCUUAAACGAUUGGAUGGUUCUGGAUGUCUUGAGUUCGACGAAGAAAGAGCUUCUCAAGAAGACGCAAACCUUAAGAAGGCAAUGGAAAUAUACAACCAAAAAGUGCGGCACCUUGAAUCUAAAGACAUGGGUUACAGGCAAGACCGAGGACAAAACAUGGGAUUACACAACCACAGUGCCGUACCCGUUCAAAGGCCGUACAUGAAAAUGUUUUAAUAUUCAAUAUACGUUCGUUAUCGUCCAACAAAAGCGACAAAAAUAUUGUUUAAAUAUUAUUCACACGUUGUUUUGUAGAUAUAAAUGUAUAUAGGCAAUAUAGAUAAUUGUACAAAUCGAAUACAAACAUUGGGCUAAAUAAAUGUAACGAUCUAGUUGUUUUAAAAUAUACGUGCAU